AAGUAACCAUGAAGUACUUCAUCUUUACCUGCCUGGUGGCUGUCGCUCUGGCAAAACAUGUGGUAAAGGAUCAAUCCAUUGAGGAAUCUGCAAGAAUCAUCCACAGAAACUAUAAGCAGGACAAUGAUGUGUCCAUCCAAACAAUUCAGGACUCUGCUAGCAGUUCAUCCAGUGAGGAAUCUGAGGAGAAAAUCAAUGAUAAAAUUGUACAGACUGAAAAACAAAAGGUCAACCUAAAUGAGCAGAAAAAAAUCAAGCAGUUUUUCCAGGACAUUUCCUGCCCCCAGUUUUCCCUGCCUGUUGCCCAACAGCAGACUGAUAUGAACCAGUGGGCCCAGGGUCAGACCAUCCGUAAUAUUCCCGACCAGGAAUCCAUCAGCAUCUUUGUGAAGGAAAUCCUAAAGAAGAUUAUCGAUACGGUUAAGAGCAACCAAAUUCACCAGUUCAACAUCCCCCAAUUUCCCCAGGCUGUUCAACAGCAGGUGCCUGUAACCUACUGGAACACCAAUAAGUACUACACCAACCCAUAUGCUCCAUAUGUGGUUUGAGUAGAAAAUUGAUUCCUGCUUAGUUUCCCCAUCCAUCUCAUCUUCUACUAUCAACAUUCCCUAAGAUGCUUCUUGAAAAGACAAUAAUAUUGAGCCAAAGAAAGAGAGAAUGGGAUAUUUUCUGUGUUGUUUAUGAUCUUCUUUGUGUAUUGUAUUGGAUGUGCCAGUUUUGGAUUAUGAAACCACAUUAACUGUAUUGCUUAA